AUGUUUUCUUCUCACCCUGAGCAGGGCCCACCCUCUCCCUACGCUUUUGAAUACAACAACCAGGACGAGAACGGAACUACCCUGUUCCGCAAGGAGAGCAGUGACGGCAAAGGUACGAUCAAAGGGUCGUACGGAUACAGGGACGCCUUCGGAACCGAGAGGUUCGUCGAGUACGUUGCAGACGAGAACGGGUACCGGGCACAGAUCCGGACGAACGAGCCCGGCAUCGAGAGCCGGAAUCCGGCUGGCGUUCAACUGAAUGUCACUCCCCUUCGCCACUCCUACGAAACGAAAUCUCGUCCUUUCUCAUCUUCUGAAAAGCCCAAUCCAAAGAAAGCAAAUGAAGCGCCGAAAGUGAAGCAGAGUUUUAAACAACAAGGAUCCACGGGCCAAGACAGUACUGGAUCGUUCAACACCUUCAGUUCAACAAAAAAGCAAUCUCAAGCGCAACAGCAGGCAUUUAGUCAACCAUCGUCGAACCAGACUCCACUCUCUCCCCAGAAACAGCAAGGUAGUCAGCAGGCGUUCAACACGUUCACUUCAACACAAAUUCUACCCAAUGAGCAGCAGCACACGUUCAGACCUAACCAGGAUCUACAGUCUCACCAUCAGGACUUCCAAGACAGCACUGCUCAGGGACAGUUCAACAUGUUCACUUCAAGCAAAAAGCAGCAUCAGACGCAACAGCAAGUGUUCAGUCAACCGCCAUCAUUUCCAUCUAGUCAGACUCCUCAGUCCACCUUCGAUCAGUCUCAAUCAAUUUUCAACACCCAACCUCAGACACCGUUCGGCAACUCUGUAUUCAGUCGCACCCAGCAGACCCCUUCUGCUUUCGGGAAGACAACUGAGACGCGUCCAGCUUUCAUCCAGUCACGUCCUUCUUUCGUCCAGUUUCAUGCCACGUAG